CGCUAGCGGCCAACGUGAUCGCGCGUCAUGCGAUCUCCGUUUUGGAGAAGGAGAAGGCUGAGGGUAAAGCUUUGGCUCUGGAUAUUUAGGAUGAAUAUGAACGCGUUCGUUCCGCAGAAAUGAGCUCUCGGGUGAAGGAACAAGAAAGGGACGAUGCUCUAGCAUUAGUUUCCGAUCGUCAGAGCCAGGUUUCCGAUGUUCCCGAGCAGCUUCAAGCCGCUUAUUGGAAACGCGAAGUGCUGGAACAAGAGGUACCUUAACUACGGCACGAAGCCACUCGCCAGGAGGGGGAAGCGGAGGAGGAGGAGGAGACGAGGCGAAUGGAGGCUCAACGUCAGGCGGAAUUGGAAGCGUCGAGGAAGAGGAUGCAGCAGACGCUGGAGGAAGAAACACAUCAGAAGCAGCAGGCUGCUGAGGAAGAAAGGCAGAAGAAGGCAGUGGAGGGACGCGCUAUCCAGAACGAACGGGAGGAACAAGAGCGUCAAGAGCGAGAACGGAGAAAAAGAUGGCGCGAGGCGAUGACGGCAGAAGAAGAACGAUGCCACAGACGAGACGAGGAGAAUUGGAACCUCUCGCUCGGUCAACUGUGGUCCUACCAGAAAGCGAUAAAUCGGGUUUUAUUUGUCUUGAAAGAAUUCGAGACGACCCAAUUCUCCGAGUCUAAACCCCUGACGCCCUCGGGAGUGCCUUGGCCUGUUUUGAUCAGUCCGAACCGAUUUUAUGUGGGUAUGCUGGAAGAUUGGACGCUGGCCGACAAAUUCUUUGAGCGUGCGAGGAGAUCUCUUCCUUUUGAUGCGUAGGACUCGUCAGACGUUCCAUCCAGACCAAUGGAGAUCGAGGAACUUGUUGAACACGGUGAUGGACGAUUCUCUUCGUGCUGUUAUUGAGGA